AUGCAGCGAAUAAAUGGAAAAAACAUAUCUCGUCCUGUUUUUAUCCAACAUGGAGUCCUCUCCAGCAGUGUGGAUUGGCUGAUUGGUAGAAUAGCGUGUGUUCUUGCCGACAGUGGUUUUGAUGUAUGGUUGGGCAACGUUCGAGGAAAUAUAUAUUCACGUGCUCACUCUACUUUGUCCCCCGAUGAGGAUGAAUUUUGGAAUUUUUCAUUUGAAGAUCACGCAGCGUUCGAUAUCCCUGCAAUGGUCUCCUUUGUCCUCACAUCCACCAACAAGGACCAACUUGUUUAUAUUGGGCACUCACAGGGGUCUCUCAUUGGACUUAUUCAGCUUUCGAGGAAUCAGGAAUUCGCUGAUAAGGUCGCUCUUAUGAUUGCAUUGGCACCCACCCUCUCCUUCCAGGGAGUCUACUGUCCAUUUCUAUCCCUCGCCCCCUACCACCGACAUUUCUAUGUUUAUUCAUAUUUGUUCCAACCUUCUUCCACCUCCGUAAAGAACAUGGUCCACUACUCCCAAGUCAUUUCCUCUGGACAGUUACGACAUUACGAUUACGACCAAGAUAACAUGCGAUUUUACAAUCAAGUAUUCAAUUUCUGUCACUCAAGACCACACCCCCACUCUACAAUGUAUCCAAUAUCCACACACCCAUUGUGAUCGUGGCUAGUGA